GAUGUGGACUCCGCAGGCAAAAAUGUGAAGGAAGUCCUCAGAGCGUGGGACAUCACCGCCUCAAAAUGCUUAGCAAAUCGCAGCGUUAUUAACACCAAAUGGUUUCAAGCUCUGGAACCCAAAUUCCAGCAUUAUGUGCUCUACAGACACUGCAGGGUUUUCCCAAUGAUCAUUAACCACCCUGAGAAAUGCGAGGAGGACAUCCAUCUGCUCAUCGUUAUCAAAUCCAUCAUCACCCAGCAUGACCGUAGGGAACUGAUCCGGAAGACGUGGGGUAAAGAACAGGAGAUCGAUGGCAAGAAGGUCAAGACUGUGUUCCUCUUGGGUGCUGCAUCCAAGGAGGAGGAGAUGGUCAACCAUCAGAAACUGCUGGAGUAUGAGGAUCACAUCUUCAAAGACAUAUUGCAAUGGGACUUCCUGGACAGCUUCUAUAACCUCACCCUGAAGGAAACUCACUUCUUGAAGUGGUUCUCCAAAUACUGCAGGAAUGUCCAGUACGUUUUCAAGGGAGAUGAUGAUGUCUUUGUCAACAUCCCCAAUAUUAUUGAGUACCUUAAAGAAAGCCCUACUGAGAACCUCUUUGCAGGAGAUGUUAUGUUCAUGGCAAGGCCUAUUCGUAAGAAGACUAAUAAAUAUUAUAUUCCUAGAGGACUAUAUAACAAGUCACACUAUCCUCCAUAUGCAGGUGGUGGUGGCUUUGUAAUGGACGGAUCUUUGGCCAGGAAGCUCUUUGAAGCCUCCAAAGGCGUGGAGCUCUACCCCAUCGACGACGUCUUCCUGGGCAUGUGCCUGGCACGGCUACGCAUCAAGCCGGUCAAGCACCACGCCUUCAAGACCUUCGGCCUGGUGAGGGACAAGAAAAGCAGACUGAACAAAGAGCCGUGCUUCUUCAAGAGCAUGAUCGUGGUCCAUAAGCUGCUCCCCCCAGACCUCGUUAAGAUGUGGAAACGGAUCAACAGCAAACUGGUUUGCACCCAAAAAUAUCAGGUUAUAUAAAGUGCAGCUAUCAGAACAGAUAAUAGAACUUGGUAAGCAGCACUGUGAAGAAGAGAAGAAGAAGACAAACUUUGAUUAAGUCAAAGUUGCUGGACAUUGAUUAAUUCAUUUAAAGACAGAUUUAUUUAAGGCUGGAUCCUAAUUGAGUUGUUGGGAAUCUUUAGUUAUGGUGUUUUAGUAAUUUUUUUGUUACCGGUGAUGUUGGAUACAGUGUCUCUACCUCAUUGGUAUUACCCCAGAAUUUAUACUUUUUGUUUUGUCAAACGUUCUAAUGUUUAUGAGCAGACAUGAAGACUCAUACAAGGAAUUAUUAUUAUUAUUUUUCUUUUUAACUGGGGGAGGUGCUUAUGUUAUUAUAUGUUUUGUGUUUUGCUGGAUUAAUUGGUGACCUAAUGCAUUUGUCCUUUGAGUUCAGUCAGUUCCUAUAUUAAUGUGAAAUGUGCCAGUAUUUUAAAUGGUUUGGAAUGCAGUUCUGAAUCAUGCUUGGUACCUUAGACACCUGGCUUUGUGAGGUCAUUUUUAACAGCCAUUUCGCAUUAGAACAUUUUAUGCCGGUCCGAAGAAUUACUACGGAAUGCUACAGAACUCAGAAACACAGUUGCACUGCUUGACGUUGUCAGCUAAAAAGGCAAGCUAGAAAACUGUAGGGUCCUAUUUCAAGGGUGGACGAACAGGCGUGUUUGGGAAAUAGGGCAUUUGAUUUCUGAUAGGAUACAGAGUAAGAAGGAAUUGUUCUGAGAAUAAAGCUGGGAUCCUUUCAGGAGGUGUGAUAUGUAAAGGGGUAAAAGAUGACCCACAUGGGAAAAUGAUGUUCCGUGAUGUUCUAAAGAUCAGUCAAACUGUCUUGUGGAAGAAUCCAACCAUAUCUCUAUCUCUAUGAGCUUUUUUCAUUCAGAAAGUCAACCCUACCUUCUUGUGGCCUUGUUUUCUCCCAGAUUGCUUUAAUACAAUUUUGUUUUUAUUUUAUUUCAUU